AUGGAUCAAGUUAAAUGGUUGUUCGUCAUCCUAUUUACCAGUAUUCACACGAUCAAUGGUCAAAUGAAGAACGUCUGUUACAAGGUCGUAGACUCCAAUACGAAAUGGGAAAAUGCAUCUCACGCUUGUAGACAGAUGAAUGGGACCUUGAUUGAUAAUUCAGAGCUUGAUGAUAAUUUCAGCAAUAUUACAUUAACUGAAAAUAAGUCCUACUGGACAAGCGCUUUCUCUUUCGUAACAAGAUGGGUGGAGUUGAAAGGUUGUUUUACUACUUUGAACCUCAGCUCCACAGUCAAUGGCACAGAGUAUUACCAAAUCAGUGGAAACAUAGGAUUGUUAUGUUAUGCACGCUGCCAUUCAUACACAUAUUUUGGCAUUACCGGAGACACCUGUCUAUGUUUCUCUGCAAACCCCCUAAACCAUGCCACUCAUUCGUCAAACAAUUGCCCAGCUUGCUCAAACCACUCGCGAUAUCAGUGUGGCACCGAAGGAUACACAGCCGUAUACGAAAAACGACCAGGACCAAUCCCACCAGGAAUGGAAAUGUGUGAAUCAUAUAACUGCCAGCCCGGUGAGGGUAAUGCUACCUUUGCACAUCAAAACAGGAGUUGUGAACAUUAUUUGAAAGCAAAAUGCAGUGACGGCUUUGUUACUAGGGCUGGGAGUUGGAUAGCAACACGAAAUAUCUGCGAGUCAAAUAACAGUUUCAUUUUCCGACAUCCUGUUGCCGAAUGUCAAAAUGACACGUCAACCACACCAUUCUGGGAUAACGUACACAGAGACAUGGCAUGGUUUACCAUAGGAAUGGAAUACCAUUUUGACGAAACGACACCUUGUAACACUGGUCCUACAACUGAGGAGGAAGAAAUGUUUCCAUAUAGUGGGCCUACAACAACCACAUCCACUAUAACCAAUAGCAACACUGGCACCAAAGAGGCAGAAAAUAUGGUGGUGUAUAUAGCAAUUGGAGCAGGAGGAUUACUCGUGUUGAUACUCAUCGUCGUCGCAAUUAUUUGCAUUUGUCAAAAAAGGUCAAAACAGCGCAGAGAUGCUGAAAAUGAAAUCAAGAAUUACAUUGAUCUUGAUGUCGGAUUGACGCAGCAUAUUGAAGCUGCAGAAAGAUACCUCACAAUGAAAUCUGAAAAAUCGUCAGAAAAGUGUUCCGAACCAGAAAAGAGUGGGGGAGGCAACUAUGAUCAGAUUACUCUCCCAGAGGAGAAACCAGAUAACGGAUCCAAAGCAAAUGAUAGCAUUGUCAACCAAAACAACGCAAUUCAACGUACUGAAAACACGUGUGAGAUACCAAACGAGGUUCACGAUACAGAAACAGAGGAUCAUUAUACUGAAUUGGAUGGCGAGUCUGCAGAUAAGGGAAAUUUACCAAAAGUCCAUAAACUACCUGAACCAAAAGCAAAUGUCGCAAUCGUACAUCUGCGACAAGAAGACGACGAUUAUGAUCACUUUGGACAGACGAAGAAUCGUUCAACAAUUUCAUCUAAUUAUGAUCACGUACAUUUAAUAAACUCGCAGAAAUUAAAGAAAGAAACUAAUGCAGAUGAUGCUGAAGACUAUGAUCACAUUCCUGGGGCAGGAUGCAGGCGAGAAAAUGGAGAAGCUGAUUCAAUCUAUGAUCAUGCCCAAGUUGUUGAUAUACGAGAGAGUACAACAUCGAACUAUGAUCAUGUCGUUCUAACAACGGACAAGGGAAACUCAAAUCGACUAUCUGAUGACUAUGACCACACAAGUAAUGUUAAUAGGGUGGAGAUCGCUAGCGAGAAUAGGGACAGCCAUUACACCCAUGUUACAUUGGGAGAUACCACUCAAUGA